CCAGCCGACCAAUCCUACGUGGCAGUCAUAACCUCCACCCAAAAAAACCGAACCGAACCACCACAAACCCAAUUAUCUUCCUUUUCCUCAAUAGAGAAAAGUCCUUCCUUUCUCGUCUCCUCCUCUUCAUUUUCCGGUUGCUGAAUCUGACUCAGAGGAAGAUAUCAUUGAAAAUUACAGAGAGAAACGAUGCCGUUUUGCGAGGUCGUGAAAGAAGACGUCGGCCCAGAGACGACUCUUAACAAUGCCGCAAUCAAACUCUUCUACAGAACGUACGGUCACGGUCCUAUCAAAGCUCUUCUCAUCAUAGGUUUAGCCGGAACCCAUGAAUCCUGGGGUCCUCAAAUCAUGGGAUUGACGGGGACGGAUAAACCCAACGACGUCGACGGAGGAAUCGUUUCCGAUGAUUCAGGAACCGGCCAAGGCAUCGAGGUCUGUGCUUUUGACAAUCGUGGUAUGGGUCGGAGCUCUAUACCUACCCACAAAUCUGAGUACUCAACAACGAUAAUGGCAAAUGAUUCAAUUAAUUUGUUAGAUCAUUUGGGUUGGAAGAGAGCUCACAUAAUUGGCCAUUCUAUGGGAGCUAUGAUAGCUUGCAAGUUAGCUGCAAUGGUGCCCGAACGGGUUCUUUCGUUGGCGUUGCUUAACGUUACAGGUGGAGGGUUCGAAUGUUUCCCGAAGCUUGACCGGCAAUCGCUUUCCAUUGCGAUACGUUUUCUGAAGGCAAAGACCCCUGAACAAAGGGCAGCUGUUGAUUUGGACACACAUUAUUCAAAGGAUUACUUAGAAGAAUCUGUAGGAACUAACACAAGACGGGCAAUUUUAUAUCAGCAAUAUGUGAAAGGAAUAUCAGAAACUGGAAUGCAGUCCAAGUACGGGUUUGAUGGCCAAAUUAACACUUGUUGGUUACACAAAAUCACAAAACCAGAGAUCGUAGUAAUCCGCUCGGCUGGGUUUCUUGUCUCAGUCAUUCAUGGAAGACAUGAUGUGAUUGCUCAGAUAUGUUACGCAAGAAGACUGGCACAGAGGCUAUAUCCCGUCGCUAGAAUGGUAGAUCUUCAUGGAGGUCAUCUUGUAAGCCAUGAGAGGACAGAAGAGGUUAAUAAAGCUCUUCUCGAGUUAAUCAAGGCGUCAGAAAUGAAGAAAAUACCAACUGAUUGGACUAACCUCACCAUGGAAACACCCGGUUAUUUCAAGAAGAGACUAGCAUUGAUUAGAAGCUCACCGGAAGGCAAGAAUGCCGUCUCUCCCGCACAUUUCAUAGCGGAAAAGUUCCAUCGCUUUCUACUUUUCCUCUUCGGACUUCUGGUUUUGGCAUUUGAGUAUUCAAGAAGAGCUUUUAGGGCUGUAAAACCCGUCAAAGUUGGACCUUGUCUUACAUAACAACAACCCAUCACAUUUCAAUUUGUCGACCAAAUAUAUUCAUACAAGCAAUGAGACAUUUCUUCAAUGAUCAAGCUGAUGAAACAUAAGAGCUUAAAGAUAAGUUUGCUGCAAACAGAAGCUAAGAGAAGAAGACAGAGCUUUCACAUGGAAGAGAUUAUACAAACUGUUGAUAUAUAUACACGUGUAGAGGAUCCAUGACAAACAUUUGUUCUACGGAUGUAAUAUGUAAAGAUAAGUCAUCGAAAACUCAAUAUAAACUUGUAUGUUUUCGUGUACCUAUAGAACAUAACUGUUUUCUU